GAGGGGCGCGUGGGGCCGGGCCGAGAGCGGGGCGAUGGAGGCGGGCGAGGAUCGCGUGCUGUACUUCGCUUACGGCAGCAAUCUGCUGCGAGAGCGGCUGCUGCUGCGCAACCCUUCGGCGGCGCUCUGCGCCCGGGGCCGCCUGCAGGAUUUUAAGCUCACUUUUGGCCAUCAUCAAGGCAGGACAAGUUCUGUCUGGCAUGGAGGUACAGCUACCAUUGUUCAGAGCCCUGGAGACGAAGUGUGGGGAAUAGUGUGGAAAUUGAACGCUAGCAAUAUAAGUUCACUGGAUAAGCAAGAGGGAGUUGAAGAUGGCAUUUAUGUCCCAAUAGAAGUUAAUGUCCAUGCUGAAGAAGGAAAGGUUCUGACCUGUCGAAGCUACCAGAUGAAGGACUACGUUUGUGGUCCUCCCUCUCCCCAGUAUAAAAAGGUUAUCUGCAUGGGUGCAAAACAGAAUGGCUUGCCAAUUGAGUAUCAGAAGAAAUUAGAAGCUAUUGAAACUAAUAACUAUGCAGGACCGGUGCCGAUCCUAGAAGAAAUUGAAGCUACUAUUAAAGCAAACAAAGUAAAUUUUGCAUAGAAUAAUUCUGUGCUUGCUUGGCCAUUCACCUUGAGUUAGAUCCUUCUCCUCACUGUGCUGACCAACGGUUUCUUUAUUUAUCAAGAGAAGAGGAGCUUGCUGUAUAUCUACAGUAAACUAUUAGACAUAAUUUGCAGUCUGGAGACACACUGACACUGACAACUUCUUCACUUUGUAUUUAUAGCUUAAGUACAUGCAGAUCGGUGAAUUAGCUUUCUGUAAUUCUUAUACAGCUCUGCACGCAAAUUUGUGCUUUCUGUCCUCUUUACAGACCAUUAAAAGAAAAGGCCCAUUUUGCUAGCUAUUUGCAGCUCAGUUACUCUCUGAGGAAUAAGGGCUGCAGGAUCAGGCCCUUUGUUCACAAAUGUAUACACAAUUGUCAAGAUUUUCAAAGAUUUGUUAGAGUCCAGUCUACUCUGCACUCUAAAGCCAUACUGAACUUUUUUCUGUGUUCUCACAAAGGCUUAAGCCCAACCUAUCUGAAACUGUGGUGUUACUGUUUCCAUUUAUAUUAAUUAACAAAAGAGAAAUAUUUUUAACUAUUUCCAUGUUUUAAAGUGUUAACCUGAAAGGGGACUCAGGCUUGAAAACGGCAUUCAGCAAAGGAUCUUACUCGAAGUAUAACUGCCUCCCCUUUUCUAAUCAGCAUAGCUGAAUUACUUAGGUACAACCAACAGAUUCUAAAUAAUCAUUUUUGGAUAAUUCUGUGCUUUUUAACUACUUCUCUAACUGUCUUGGUUUUUAUCUAGGAUUUGCAGAUUUCACUGUACUUCAGACCAAAUCUCCUGUGAAUUAAUCCUAGUGCAUCUGUGUCGUAGCAUUGUUUAUUAAACCAUAGGUGAACAGACGUUGCCUUUUUCUCACAGCAUUGACAAUCUCCUGCAAAACUGGUGGCACUUGUAAGGUUUACAGUACUUCUACAGUACUUUACAGUCCAUGGUACAUGGCAGCCCCUUGUCUGAGGAUGACAAAGGAAAACUGGCAACCUGUAUGAUGUGAAGCUACUGAACAUCGGCUUCUCUUCUGUGCCAUAAGAUAUAAUCAGUGUCACUGUGUGGCAGCUUAGAUGGAAAAAAUGAAAAAGUAGCAAAUUUACCAUGUCUUCUCUGUGUAUUUUUUCACUCCUGUGGACUUCUGCCAGGGAUGCAUGUAGUUGCUGUCCUGAUGUCACGUACAACAUGAGGGCUGUUCCUAAAGCCGGGCACCACAGAUGCUGUAAAACAUGGUACUUUUUUGUAUUAGCGUUGCCUGGUCUGAACCUGAGUACAUAAAAAUGCAGUUAUCAAACCCC